AUGUCGACCCCUCCAACCAACGGCAAUGGCAGCAGCUCGACCAGCAAGCCCAGCAACCCGCUGAAGCGAGUCGAUCUCGACGGCCACGACCUGCCUCCCUCGCCCGCCCCCUCCAGCCCUCGCAACGGGCGGCGGAGAUACGCAUUGGCGACCGAGUUGGUGUACACAGAGAGCAAGGACCAGUAUGGCGCAUCGAGCGUGCCCAUCUACCAGUCCGCCACCUUCAAACAAUCCACAGCCCAGGGCGGCCAGUCCGAGUACGACUACACACGCUCCGGUAACCCCACACGGACGCACCUGGAGCGACACCUGGCCAAGAUCAUGAAUGCCAACCGGGCGCUGGCCGUUGGUUCAGGCAUGGGCGCGCUCGACGUCGUCUCGAGGCUGCUCCGUCCUGGCGACGAGGUGAUCACGGGAGAUGACCUCUACGGCGGCACCCACCGUCUCCUCACAUACCUCGCCACCAACAUGGGCAUCGUCGUCAAGCACGUUGACACCACCGAUGCCGAAGGCGUCCGGUCACACAUCACCGAAAAGACGGCCAUGGUACUGCUCGAGACCCCGACGAACCCCCUCAUCAAGAUUGUCGAUAUCCAGACCAUUGCGAGGGCCGCUCACGAGGCCAAUCCCAAAGCCAUCGUCGUCGUCGACAACACGAUGCUGUCGCCCAUGCUCUUGAACCCUCUCGACAUUGGCGCCGACGUUGUCUACGAGUCGGGCACCAAGUAUCUCUCCGGCCACCACGACAUUAUGGCCGGUGUCCUCGCGGUCAACGACACAGAGCUUGGCAACAAGCUCUUCUUCAUGAUCAACUCCACAGGCUGCGGCCUGACCCCCAACGACUGCUUUCUGCUGAUGCGCGGCGUCAAGACGCUGGCGAUCCGCAUGGAGAAGCAGCAAGCCAACGCCCAGGCCAUUGCCGAGUUCCUCGAGUCGCACGGCUUCCGCGUGCGGUACCCCGGUCUCAAGUCCCACCCCCAGUACGAUCUGCACUGGUCCAUGGCUCGCGGCGCCGGCGCCGUCCUGUCGUUUGAGACGGGCGACCCCGCCGUGUCGGCGAGAAUCGUCGAGGCCGCUCGGCUCUGGGGUAUCAGUGUCAGCUUUGGCUGUGUCAACAGUCUGAUCAGCAUGCCCUGCCAGAUGAGCCACGCGAGCAUUGACUCCAAGACCCGGGCGGAGCGGCAAAUGCCCGAGGACAUUAUCCGGUUGUGCGUGGGCAUUGAGGAUGCCGACGACUUGAUUGACGAUCUGUCCCGCGCACUCGUGCAAGCCGGUGCUGUCACCGUGACCCUGGACGGCUUCCAUGCCACUGGUGCCGCCGAGGAGGUCGGAAAGGCCCCUUUGACCGAGUAA